AUGCUUUAUCCUUCAGCUCUACAAUACAAUACAGAAAGAACCAUCUACUUUCCAUAUACCUCUUAAAUCCUCUGUUUUGGGUAUGUCUGGCCGUAAUGAUCUAAAUAAUAUUAUAAUUUUCAAAGUGAGUAUUUGUAUCAGAUCAAUGCCGUUGUGAUGAGCUUCAUACUUUUGUUUGGUUCCUAUUCCAUAUGUCCAGCAAAUUACUUGAAUUUCCUCAAGAGAUGCAAGAAUUAUAAUGGCAAAUAUCAAUGGCUUACAUUUUCAAUUUGAAAAUAUGUUUUCAUACAUUUGUACCGUUUGCACUGAAAAAGUCUGUUUUCUUCUGAAUACAAUCGGUUUUAGCGGUAUCAGCGAUAACCUACGGUAUAUGAUUUACUUUGUAUCGGAUCUUUGUCAAAUUGUGUUUCUAGAAAUAUGACUGAGUGAGCGCCGUUACCAGCAAACUAUCUUUGAAAUGUUCUACGGUAACCUUAACAACGAGAAUUUAGGCAGUUAGGAGAAAGUAAACGCUCAUGAGCUCUAUCUGAAUACUUUGGAAGACUUUCUUCUAGUGUUUUGAGUAUUUUGAUAAAAUGCCCGGAUUCUUCCAGAUGUUGAUGAAGAGGAAGGAGGUGAUUCCUAUUGUGGGAAUCAUGGCUCUUGCUGCAACAGGAUCAUCAUCAGUUGCCAUCUACUUUCUGUUCCACAAGAAUGAUGUGAUUUUGAACAAGACUUCAAAUCCAGAACCAUGGGAACGAGUGAACCCAUCAAAACCCCAAAAGUUUGUCACCAUCAAUCAGAAGUGGAAACCAGUGGAAACUCUGGAAAUGGUGAAGUCCAUGACCAAAGACAAAUGAGGAGCAAGCAUCAUUUCUGAAGUUGUUUUUGUUACUUUUAGCUGACCACAGCUUGAGAGAUGAUUUUUUUAUUUUUUAUUUUAACUGUUUAAUUUUACUGUCGGAUGCCUCAGAUACAAAUAUGUAUUGUUGUCUGAAUGUAAAAAGUCAUAAACCCAGAGUACUACUCUAUAUAUUUUCAAUAAAGCUGAGCUUUUAUGUGGCUUAGAAGA